UGUAGUGUAGUGCAGCACAGAAAUAGCUUCCCGGGUGUCGCUGCGAUGCCAGUAGACUCGCCACCGCCGCUCCUGACUCCCGGCGCGCUUAUUAAAUCUUUGCUGUGAUUUAUUAAUUGAUUUAACAUCAAUCCAAUGCUACAAUUGUCACCAGUGAUAUAACCUCUAAAGUGAUAAUAAUAAUAAAGUGUAAAAAAUAUGACAACCAGAUACAAUGUGAUUGGAACAUAUCCAAACUAAUUGUGAACCUUACGUAUAUGUUUUAAGGGUGGUUAUCCCUUCACGAUUUGCGAACAAUCGAGGAAUGAUUGUUUUAAAAUAGUCGAGUUACCAAUGAUCUAGAAUCCAGAUUCUGGAUACAAAGAUGAAUAACGGCACAAGACGCGCCUUAACAGGCUCAAUACACAAAAUAAGAGAAUUCGAACUGGAAAAAGUAUGUUUGGUCGAAGAAUUUGACAUACUUCAAAUAGUCGGCGAAGGAUGGUUUGGGAAAAUACUUCUAGUGGAACAUAGAGCUUCUGAUACUGAGAUAGUUCUGAAAGCUUUACCAAAACCUUACGUAUCUAUCAGAGAUUUCUAUAGGGAAUUCCAUUAUGGACUACAUUUGAGCGCACACAAAAACAUUGUUACAACAUUCGACGUCGCGUUCGAGACCGCCGGCUUUUACGUAUUCUGUCAAGAAUACGCACCUCUAGGGGACUUAACAUCUAAUAUGCUUGAUACCGGAAUCGGAGAAAUUCACACAAAAAGAGUAGCAAAACAAUUAGCAGCUGCACUUGAACAUCUACACCAAAGAGACCUUGUACACAGAGAUGUGAAACUAGAUAAUAUUCUAAUAUUCAAAUCGGAUUUUUCACGUAUAAAGCUAUGUGACUUCGGUGAAACAAGAAAAGUUCAAGCUGUUGUAAGAAGAAGAAAUGAAUGGCUACCGUAUUCACCGCCCGAAGUAUUAAAACUGUCAAUGGAUAGUAGCUACAAAGCACUAAUUAGUCAUGAUAUUUGGCAGUUCGGUAUAGUUAUCUUUAUUUGUCUCACAGGAUGCUUGCCUUGGCAGAAAGCAGCAUUCGACGACCCUAGAUAUGUAAGUUAUUUGAAUUGGUACAGCAGUGCAAACCCUCUUAAGAAGCAGCCGAAGCUAUGGAAAAUGGUUUCAUCAAGAGCUCAAAAAAUGUUCAAAAAGUUUAUUGAACCAAAAGAAGAGAAAAGAGCUACAAACUUCGCGGAACUAUCGAGGUAUUUGGAUGACCGAUGGAUGGCUAAAGGAUACACGGACAGAGUGGCUGGCGGUGAUAUCGACGAACUAUGUCCAUCAAUGUACAGUUUCCACAGUGAUCCAAAUGAAAAGAAUAUUCUUUUAAGGCACUUCAGGGACAGUGGCGUCGAAGUCAUUGUUGACAGACAAGCCAAGAAACAGAGAAUACGUGAAUGGAUACAAAAUAGCGUAAUCGAAGAAGCAGACGAAGAGGAAGAAAGCAACUACGACCCUAGUAUUAUGGAAGAAAGCGACGGAGAGCUCGAAGACAGGUCAAGACCACAUCCAAUAGAUGAAAGCCACAGGGUAACUCUCCGUUUUGACACCGAAAAGCAUAUCAAUCCAAGAACUGGUGAAGUUAUCGAAGGUGUCAAACAUACUGAAAAAAAUCCACUGUCGUAUGACGUACAAAACAUUGAACCUGUGGCGCCAAGUAAUGUAGCCAGAAGGUAUGGGGUAAAAGAAGACGCCUCAAUGCAUAGCUCUACCAAAGACAGUGCUUACGGCUCCUUAGACGUUCAUUCACAACAGAAGAGUACUUCAAACAGACCUGACGCCAAACACGUGUCUAUAGAAAGAGCAAGUAACGUCUCCCCGAGUAGAUCUUUAGCCGGAUCAUCGAUUCAUCAAACCGUAACCCCCUUGUCCUCACACGUUCAAAGAUUUCAAAGAACUGAAGAAGUAUUUACCAAAGAGCUAGAAAAUCAAAGAGGAAGUACUUCAACCCUUCAUUCUAUGGGCAACUCGUCUAGAUCCAACAGUCUACGCGUAACCAGAAAUAGCUCUUUAGACAGUGCAUCAAACGUUACCAAUGACUCGCCUUUAGAAAAUGAUAUAUCCGGAGCAACAUCGAGACCAAAUAAUCCGGUUAUAACCCAAAAUGGUUUCAGUCCGGGUUCUAAACAGAAUUCAUCCAUAACCCAGCCGUACGUUUCCAUGAAGAAUACUGUUUACGAAACUGUCACCACUCGCACGGACCCUAAUCAAAACAAAGAAGAAACAAAUUUGAAGAAUUCUCCCGACAGUCCGUAUACAUCAAUGAUGAACAUUGUCCAGGGUCAAAUAAAAAUUAGUCCACUCGCAAACGAAACUGACAAGAACAUAGUAAAUGUGUCAGUUACAUCUGUCAACCGUAAAAAAGUUCAAUAAAUAAUUGCUCUAGCUCAAUUUUGGUGAUAAUUCCAAAAUAAAAAAAUGAGGAAGCUAAAUUGCCGGAAUAUUAUACUUAUUAGUAUUUAAUUUUUGUAUUGACAUAAAUAAUAAGGGUAUCCACCCUUACAAAGACAAAUUCAUUCUUACAUUUUUAUAUUUACAUAAAACA